AUGACGGAACGAUUGGAGCAACGUUACUGCAUCAAAUUUUGCCAGAAACUGGGCGAUAGCCAGGUGGAAACGAUUCGAAAGAUUCGGUCGGCUUUCGGUGACGAUACUAUGGGCAUCACACAGAUCAAGGAGUGGUUCAAUCGGUUUAAAAACGGUCGCACAUCGGCGGAGAGCGAGCCACGCUCUGGUCGGCCUGUGGUGAUACGGGACCGUCGUGUGACUAACCGAGAAAUUGCAGAAGAGGUAGAUAUCAAUACUUUUGCGGCUCACUCCGAUGUGACCGAAGAUUUGGCCAUGAAGAGAGUGGCGGCUAAAUUUGUGCCGAAGCUGCUGACGGCAGAGCAAAAGGAACGUCGUGUUGAAGUCUCACAGGACAUGCUGGACUCCAUAAACAGUGAUCCUGACUUCAUGAACACCAUUAUCACUGUUGAUGAGUCCUGGGUGUACGGGUACGACCCGGAAACCAAAAUGCAGUCGUCACAGUGGAAGCAUUCCACACUGCUUGACAGCAACUGA